AUGAGCAGCGUCUUACUGGAAGAAGGUGCUAAGAGGUGGCUGGAAUGGAGGAAGGAGAUCGAGCUGCUGUCUGACAUCGCCUACUUCAGCCUCACCACAUUGUCAGGUUAUCAGACCCUGGGUGAAGAGUAUGUGAACAUUGUUCAAGUCGACCCUACCAAGAAGAGGGUGCCUUCUUUUCUUCGACGGGCUGUCUUGAUUUCUCUUCAUACUGUAGUACCCUAUUGCUUAGAAAAAGGAUUAUUGCAUCUGGAACAUGAGUUGCAGAUAGAAGCCGACAGAACACAGCAGAACAACCCUGCACACAGCAACCUGGAUAGGACCUUAGUGCGAAACUGGAUUCAGAAGCAAGUUGGGGAACUGUCAGAACAGCAGAAGAAAACACUCUUACAAGUUGUGUAUGUUCUUAAACAAUGUAUUCCCUUGCUUCGUCGACUGCAUCUGGCAAUAUUCUAUAUAAAUGGCCUGUUUUAUCACCUCUCUAAAAGGAUCACAGGAAUCACAUAUCUGUAUUUUGGAGGAUUGCAAAGAGAAGAUCAAAGCAUUCGGUCAAGUUACAAGUUUCUUGGAAUAAUUUCACUCUUACAUCUUCUUCUAACAAUUGGUGUUCAGCUAUACAGCUUCAAACAGAAGCAGAGAGCAAGGCAGGAAUGGAAACUACAUCGCAAUCUGGCUCAUCAUAAAAAUGUGACUGAGGAAAAGUCUCCCGGGCGCCGCUCCCGCUGCACGUUGUGUUUGGAAGAACGGAGACACGCAACAGCCACACCCUGUGGCCACCUCUUCUGCUGGGAAUGCAUCACCGAGUGGUGUAACACCAAAGCAGAAUGCCCACUGUGCAGAGAGAAGUUUCAUCCUCAGAAACUCAUCUACCUACGUCACUAUCAACAGAUUAUUGAAGGCUGACUCACAGGGCUCCA